UAAAAUACAACUGUGAAUAUCUUUUCUGACGCAAAAUAUCGAUAGGGCUAAUCGUAAACUUUCCAUAAUUUGUUUUGCCUUUCCCCGCGAACAAAAUCUGGAAAGUGUCUCGUUUUGUCGCUUUGGGGCGUAUCUGAAGUAGGAGGGACGAAUCUAAUAUAUAUUUAUGACGAUUUUAUAAUUAGCAUAAUUUAUUAAUUUCUUUAGUAGUUCCUUUUGGGAAAGCCCGUUCUAUUUUAAAUAAUUUUAAUGGAACUCUGCUUUUACAAAGAAGCUUUCUUGCAUGCUUUAAAGUAUCAUAACCUCGUCUACGUAGCUUGAUUCUGUGGAAUUUCUACCAGAUUUGAUUUCCGGGUCCCCGCCAUCACAUGCCCCGGCCAUAACUUGUGGAUUCCCCGGCCUUCUGCCGACUCAACAUGGACACGGAUUCCAACGAUGGAAGUGCUGCCGAUGUUGUGGAUGGCGAGUCCAAGCCCGACCUGGUCAAACUUGCCCAGUCGGCCAUCAUCAAACAGGAUGUUAUGCUAUCAGCAACAAGCACACAGUCGCCACUGGCCCCUGUCUCAUCUGUGUUCACAAUGCCAUCAGUGUCAUUACCUCAUGUCUCAAUGGCCAGCAAUGCCAUGUCACUGGCAGAGCAGCUGUUUAUGUCAGUGCCCUCAGUGGGUGACACAGCUACAACACCUUCUGCAACAGAAGCAAGCAAAACAGAUAUAACAAGUGCUCUGUCCUCCCUGUCUAGUCAAACACACCUGCUGGGGCAGCCACAGGUGGCACCUCAGUUUUUCCUUGCCAGUCAACCAUCAGCAUCAGCAUCUACGGGUCAAUCAGGUGGACACUCAGUCCCUGUACAACAGAUACUUAUUCCUGUUUCAACUGGCAAUGGAGCUCAACAGUUCAUCAGUAUUCCAGUAUCAUUAGCAACAGGUGGUAACCAGCAAAUACAGCUCAUCACCACCAACAAUGGUGGUCAGUUUUUAGCAACCAACCUCUCCAACUUACAAGCCCUCACACAGCCAUUAAUUUCCAGCUUACAGUCUAGUCGUGAUUCUCAUAGCAUAUCCUCAUCUGGUCAGACUUUAGGCAAUCAUAUUACAUCACUGCCCCAUCUGCUGACAGCAUCUGGAGGGCAACUCUUAGCAGUGAGUCCCCAGAUGCUUGCAUCUUUACCCAUAACCAGCAGCCAGUCAUCUUCAUCAAGUGCAGCUAACCUUGCUACACAUGCAAUCAACCAAGCUGCUGCUGCUACAGCCCAGCAGGUCCUACAGCACACACUCUCACAGGCUGUGGUAGCCAGUGUCAACUCCAAGUUGGCGCAGCAGGCACAUAUAACUUCCUCUACCAAUGGUCUUCCACCAAACGUUUCACAACUUUUACCUCACACUGUAGGAAACUCAACAGAGAGCACAACGGUGGAUGGCAUAAAUCUAGAUGAAAUCAAAGAAUUUGCAAGACAUUUUAAAAUUAGACGCUUAUCUCUGGGAUUAACACAAACUCAAGUAGGACAAGCCCUCAGUGCGACAGAAGGACCUGCGUACAGUCAGUCAGCAAUAUGCAGGUUUGAAAAACUGGACAUUACACCAAAAAGUGCCCAGAAAAUUAAACCUGUAUUAGAAAGGUGGAUGGCUGAGGCAGAGGAAAGGUAUAAAAAUGGAGUGCAGAACCUCACAGACUUUAUUGGUAGUGAGCCUAGUAAAAAACGGAAAAGAAGGACUUCCUUUACACCCCAAGCUCUUGAACUACUUAAUCAAUAUUUUGAAAGAAAUACACAUCCUACAGGUACAGAAAUGACAGAAUUGUCUGAGAGGUUGAACUAUGAUAGAGAAGUUAUCCGUGUCUGGUUCUGCAACAAGAGACAGGCACUAAAGAACACAAUCAAAAAAUUGAAGCAAGAUGGACAAUGACAAUUACUGAACACCUGAGGGUGAGGGUGGGCCGGGAUCACAGUGCAAUCUUUAUUAUUAUUAUUGUGUUAGUUUUAUGUAUAUGCUUACAAUGUGACAUGACAGUUUGUACAGUGGGAUUAAUGUUAAUCUAAUUAUACAACAAUUGAUAUUUUUGUUCAGUAUAAAAAAAAAUCCAGUGUUAGUUAGUGAACAAUAUAUAUUUUUUUUUUGUUAAAAUCAUAUUGGAUUUAAAAUGAAAACUUGGUGCCAGAGGAGUAGAAUAACUUAUAAAAAUAUAUGUUAAAUAUGUGAUACCUUGUUAGAUGUGAUUGUUGAAGCUUAUUGUUUUAUCUUAACGCCUAGCUGUUACCAAGUACAAUAUUUUACUUCUAUUAAAAAAAACUGUUUCGCUAAUGUUUAAACAAAAACUAGUGAACAAAAUUUAUGAGGAUUAAAUUUUAAUUGACAACAACACAGUUAUUAACUUAGAUUUUCCUAUAGUAAUAUGUAUUAAAAACUGUAAUUAAAUAUAUAAAAUUUGUAGAGAAUUUUAACACAUCUUUAGAGAUUGAUCAAUGAAAACUAAAGUAUAACUAAUAGAAGAAUUAUUGAAAAAUCUUAGUAAUAGAAAACUUGGGUGUAUUACAGCUGUCUUUAUUUUUUAAAUAUGUAACUACUCUCCGGGUACAGAGCUGCAUAAUGAUGUCAUCUGCUUAAUUUCAUAUUUAACUUUGUUUCAAUCAAGCCACUUAACUAAAUUAUGUUACUAGGCAUAUUUUAAAACAUUUUUAUCUGGCCUACUUAUAUUAGUGUAACUGUACAAAGCAAGUCAGUAAGGCUAUUGAUAUUUUUAAUGCAGAACUAAAAAGUUUGUCUUUGAAAAUGCAAUAAUAUAUACACAGAUCUAUGAUUACCUUAUUAUUAUACAAGCUGCUGCUAUGCUGUCUUUUUAAUUACUAACUUAGCCAAUAUAAACUGCUAAUGUCUUCCACCAUCACAUUCUGAUAUUUUUUUGUCUUUAUUUAAAUACUGACACAAAAGGUGGGGGAUGCCUUUAUAAAGACUUAGGUGAAGAAAUUCCGAAUAUUGCUGGUAAAUAUCUAAAAUGUCACUAAAAUUGGGUUUUAAAUCUGCAGCCUAAAAAUCUGUUAUUCCAAGAUGCUUCUUGAAGUAUUGAGCUAAUGUCAUUUUCUAUUAUAUUUACAAGCUUUGUGUGCUUUAUUUUAACUCAGACCAUCAGAUAAUUAUUUGCAAAUAUAGUGAUCAGUAUAAAUGAGAAAUAAGCUCAUACAAAGUGUAUUAGUCUGCUCCUUACUAUUUUUUGUGUUCAUGUUUGGCAAAUAUAUGUAACUUUAUAAUUUUUUUUGUUACACUUGUAUAUCUGUAAUUUUUGUAAACAAAUUAUUUUAAUGAAUUAAUGUAAAUGACAGUUAAUAUGUAAAUAAUUUUGUACAAUAUCAGUGUGUAAAUAAGACAUAUGCAUUGAAACAAAGAUGUACAUUAGUACUUAUAAUUUAUUUCAUUUGUUUGGUUUACUGAAUCAUUUUGAAUCACAUUUAUAAAAUCAUAAGAAAAAAAUCUAUCUAGUGCUAUUUAUUUAACAUUUAAAAACAUGCAACUAAUAGUUUUGAAUUAUAAUAUUUUUUAGUGAAAUCAAACAUCAGUUUCAAUAAGCUCUCACUAAAUUGAUUUAAAGCAUGUACAAAUAAACUAUUGGUCUCUGUUUUAUUUUAGUUAAUGACUUGUUUGAUCAAGCGGAAAAAAGAAAAUGUGUUCAUCAAGCAUAAAUACUUGUACAUUAUUUGGCUUUAUAAACAGCUGUUAGGCAACACAUUUAUAUAAAAUUUUAACUGAUCUGACUUUUAAACAUUCUCUUAACUUAAUUUCUUUAAUAUUUUAAUUUUAUAAAAUCCACUUCUCAUUUUUUCAUAUAUUGUUAUUGUUUUGUGAAGCAUAUGAUCUGCCAAAAUUAUUUUACACAUUAAAAUGUUUAACAUUUUGUUGCAAAAAAUAAAUGCCAUAAUAAGAUCUUAACCUUUUGCAUGUGUGAAAAAAGCAAUCGGUACACUUUUCAGAAAGGUUGUGAAUAAGUACAAAUGUCUUAAUGUGGUGGUUAUUAAAGCAUCCUUGCAGAUGAGGUUAAGAUUAGAGAAAACAUCUGUUAUGGCAAAUUAACUUGUAAACUUUACUUAUUUCUAAAAUUACAACAAAUUGUGUUCUUAAAAGAAUAGAAAGCUCAUGUAAUAGUAAAUCAUUUUCUGGUUAGUAAAAACAAAUGCGGUAUUUCUUAAAUAAUCCAGGGACCAAUUGCUACCUUAUUGUAGCACUACUACAGAAUCACACGCUGUAUUCUGGAUUCUUACUGACUUUACACUCAUUCAAUAUCUGGAAGUAUUUUAUAUUGUUUAUUUUUAUUAUUGUCUAUGAUUAAGCUAAAAAGAAAUAAUGAUUCUAUAUAAAAAUUGUUUUCUUUUUGUUAAUUAACUCCACAACAAAGAGAUUCUAUUUAGUUUCACUUAAAUGCUUUGAUUCUAUUGAAACCGAAUUUGGUGCUUUAGAUGUCACAAAUAUUGGUCUGAGAGAAGUGAGAAGUAGAAGAUUCAUCUUUAAGUUUUAAGCCUCAGUUAAACUGAUAUGACGAAUAUUUGAUUGUGCUUGAAUUAUCAACGAAUAAAAAGCUCUUAGCUGUUGUAUUCUUUUUCUUAAUCAGAAGAAUUAGUUGUGGGUAGUAUGCAAAAAGGAAAUUAGCUUAUCAAGAACGUGAUGUAGUAUGUAGUGCAAACCAUUUCUAACAGGGGCAUAAAUAGAUUGUGAUUAUGAGAUUGUGUGUAUUUAAUAGAAACAAACAAAAAAUACUUCAUAUUAUUAUUAUAAAAAAUGUAAAAAAUUAUUUAUUUAUUUUAUUUUGCUUAAGACUUUGUGAGUGGUUUUUUAAUAAACAAGAAGCAAACUAAUUGGGUGGGGGCGAUGGAAAAUAUUUCUUUAGAUUAGCAAUCAUUUGAUACCAAUCUAUGAAAAUUGCAAGCAAAAUGAUAUACAAUUGGAUUGCAAAACUGUAUUGUGAUGUCAGAGCUAUGUCAUUUCCAGUUUGUUUCAAUUCAUUCUCAGGUGCUAUGCUUUUGAUAAUUUUUGUGUAUUUAAUUUUUAUUAUUGCACUCUUUAUUUUUUUUCAUGUAUUGUCUCAAAAAUGCAUCACAUAAAAUAGUACCUGUAAAAAUAAUAAACAUCAAAUGAAAUCAA